AUGAUGCAAAGUAUACUACAUCAAAGUUCCAAGUGUAUACUGAUGAUAACAACACCCACCAAACAUAAUUCAGUACUAUCUAUCCUACUAUUUCUACUUUUUAUAACAAACCUCAAUUUCACAAAUGCAUUAGAAAAUGAUCCAAAUAUUCCAACAAAUUCAAUACUUAUAUCUCCUACUUCAAAGCCUUCUACAUCAACUACAAAGACAGAAACAUCAUCAACUGAUAAUGGAAUACAAAGAUUAACAUUAACAAGACCAACAACAACAAACAACAAUGGAAAUGAUGGGACAAUAUCAUCAAAUACAAUUUCAACAAAUAUACCUUCAUCUUUGUCUAGUGAAAAUUCACAAGAUAAAGAAAUCUUUAAAAUGAUAUUUACAAUUGGAUCUGAUGAUUCUUAUUAUAAUGGAAAAUUUCAAUUUGGUAAAAAUCUGCAAAAUAAUGAUACAAAUGAUGAAGAUAUUUCACAAAAUAUUGGAUUAAGAUUAGAUUUAAUUCAACCAAAUAUAUGGGUAAUGAAUUAUAAAAAUUUUGAACCAUGUUCAGAAUUAUAUUCAAAAUUAAAUAGUUAUGCAAGUGAAUAUCUGACUUAUUCUUCUAUACCUGCAUCAAUUACAACCGCAAGUUUUUUAACUGAAAAUUGUGCUAAAAGAGGAAUGUAUCAAAGUAAAACAGAAGACAUUGUUGAACCUUCUUCAGAUGUUUCAGUUGAAAAUAAUGAACCUUAUUUAAUUCCAUAUAUGAAUCAAAUUAAAGCAAUGGGUGAAUUUGUAACUGAUGAUUUUAAUUUUAAUUUAACUAAUGGAUAUAAUUAUGAAAUUAAUGAUUUUACAUUUUUAAAUGUAAAUGAUACAAAUAUGUAUGUUGGAGGAUUAGGAUUAGCUGGUAAUUCAAAAGGGUCCAGUUUUUUACAAAAAUUAGUUGAUCAAGGAAUUAUCAAGAGUCAAAGUUAUUCAUUAUGGUUUAAUAACAUAACUAAUAAUAAUGAUUCCAUAGCUCAAUUAAUUCCAGGUAUAGUUAAUAAAAAAUAUUAUAUUGGAAAUUUAUAUAGUUUUGAUAUGAUACCACACCAGGGGGUUAGAUAUAAUUCAUCAUAUCAAAAUAUAAAUCAAGAUUUAAGUGAAUUAAUAUUACCAAUUAUAAAUAUAGAUGAUAUAAAAGUUGAAAGAAUUGAUACAGGACAAUCAUUAUCAAUAAAAUCUAUAACUGGAUCAUUACCAGUAUUAUUAGAUUCAAGAAUUAUUUAUAGUUAUUUACCAAUUGAAAUUAUUGUAAAUUUAGCAAUUCAAACAAAUGCUUAUUAUUCAUCAGAAGCUUCAAGAUGGUUAGUUAAUUGUGAUUUAUUAACAAAUGGAAAUAAUUCAACAUUAGAUUUUCAAAUAAGUUCUCACUUGUUAAUAAAAAUUCCAUUUAGAGAUUUAUUAGUUGAUGCAAUAUAUCAAGGAAAUUUAUUACAUUUUGAAGAUGGCUCAAAAGCUUGUUAUUUAACUGUUUUACCAACUGAUGAUUCUGGGUUUAAUUCUUUGGGAUUACCAUUUUUAAAACACAUUUAUCUUGUUGUUGAUAAUGAUUUUAAAAAAAUUGGAAUUGCUGAAAGUAAUAAAUAUUUAGAAAUUGAUGAAGAAGAAUAUUUAAAUGAAUAUGCUAAUGAAAAAUUAAAGAUUUUAAAUAGUACUGAUGAGUUGGGGAAUCUUUCAAUUUACAAUCCAAAUUCAACUAAUUCUACAAAUUCAACUACUAACUCCUCCUCAAUAGGAUAUAUUGAAUCAGGAAUAAUACCAUUUGCAACACCAAUGACAUAUGAUUAUGGUCAAAAUGCAACAUUAUCUUAUUCAACAAUUUCCAAACCAUCAGAUGGUUCAAAUUCAGUUAUAUUAGAUAUACCAGCAAGAUUAAGUGGUGCUAUAAUAAGAAGUGGGUCAAUAUAUUUAAGUGGUAAUCAAAUGAUUACAAAUAAUGGUAAUGGUUCAAUUACUGCAAGUAAUGGGUUAGUUUCAAAUAAUGUUGGAUCUUCUACUUCUUCAGGGAGUGGUUAUCUGUUGAAUUUUGGUAAUACCAGAGGAGAUAAGAUUGUUAAUGUAUUAUUUCGAUAUUUAUUUUGUUUUGGAAUAUUAAUGAUUAGUUUAAUUUUAUUAUAA